UCCUUCAUCAAAAUCAUGAUUUUUACAUGCAAAUAGGGGAGAAAAACACAGUACACAAGACAGAAACACUAGCUUGAAGCUGCCCAACCGGUAACACCUUAUAAAAAAAGGUUAUGUUGGAGGGUCUUUUUUUCAGAGCAAUUUUUGUUUGCUUACUCAAUCCUCUCUAGUUCAGCCUUAGCUAUCGCAAUUAGCUGAGACUAGUACCUCUCUCUCAACCAACUUCACCUUUUCUAAUUUUCUGACCAUGAAAAGGUUAUCAUCUUCAAAAAGGGUAGUGAACAAUAGCGUUAAAGGGGAGAUAGAGUGGGAGCUUAGGCCUGGUGGCAUGCUUGUUCAAAAGAGGAACAUGGGGGAUGCUUCUUCUGCUCCUAUGAUCAAGAUCAAAGUUUCUCAUGGUUGUUAUCACCAUGAUAUAGCUCUGCCUGCUCAAUCCACUUUUGGGGAUCUGAAAAGAGUUGUUGCACAAGAAACCGGUUUGGAGCCCAAGGAACAGAGGCUAUUGUUCCAAGGGAAAGAAAAGGAUGAUGAAGAAUGUUUACAUAUGGUAGGAGUAAAAGACAUGUCAAAGGUGGUACUUUUAGAGGACCCAGCUACCAAAGAGAGGAAGCUGGAGGAGAUGAAUAGAAAUCAGACCGUGCUAAAAGCCUGUGAAGAGGUUGCUAAGGUCAGAUCAGAGGUUGAUAAACUCUCUGAGAAGGUUAUUGCUUUGGAGGGAAUUGUUGGCGCAGGUAAAAAAGUCGCAGAAAACGAAUUCCUUGUCUUGACGGAGUUGCUUAUGGUACAAUUGCUCCAAUUAGAUUCAAUUGAGGCUGAUGGGGAAGCCAAAGUCCAGAGGCGGGUUGAGGUUCGUCGAGUGCAAGGACUAGUGGACAGCCUAGACAAAUUGAAGGCUCGAAACCCCAAUCCCUUCAGCAGUAGUUGCAAUGCAGUGGCGGUGAGUAGCAAAUGGGAGGCAUUCGAGUCGGGGGUAGGAAGCCAAGCCUCCUUACCAUCCUCUACAAGAAUAACUCAAGAAUGGGAAGUAUUCGAUUAAGCUCAACAUAACAUCUAUCACAUGGUAAUGUACUAGUCUUGUAUGGGAUCGAGGUUCCAUCCAUAGAACACUUCAUUUUGCUUUGGUUUUUGUAAAUAGCUCUGCUAUUGAAGUGCAGAGAGAUGGAUUCUUUAUCUUUCGGCAUGAUAUGCAUAAAGAAUCAUGGACGAUUCUUCAAGGCUAAUAUUACUUGUUUCUGCUCAUUUUUCCUUGUUGGCUUAGCUUUUGGGAACCCUCUUCCUCACCGAAAUGCAGUAAUGCACACUCCAUAUAAUUGCAACUUAAAAUAGUUAUUAUGGGACCGUAAGAAUCAAUUCAGUGGUGGGCCAUUAAAAGCCCGUUAUUUUAUUCAUUUUGCAACUUGUCUUGUAUUCAUUUAAAGACUAAUAGUAGCCUAUGUUGUCUUAUAAUUGAUAAUCAAGAUGCAUAAACGACUUUUCCACAUUUUCUGUGUUUUGGUUUCUUUCUCAUCUUCAUUCAUUAUGAAGCGCUGUUCUCUGCUUGCUAAAAAAUUGACAUUAUAAAGGGAAUUCUAGUGGUAUUUGGUUCAUAACGAUGAAGGAUGGAGUCAAGCAGGCUUUGGAUUUCAUUUCACCAUCAAUGGAGCCUUCAAGUUCACAACCACCGGCUGAGCUGAGUUUGUCACGUGACACCCACUUUGCUUUGCAUGGCCAGAUUUGGUUACUUGUUCUCGUCUUUAUUUUCGUUCUCUUCUUCGCAUUCAUCGUUUUUCUUCCUCGCCUUAGAUUAGGUAGAAGAAGCUUCAGAUAACCCUGAUAAAUAACAUUACAGUACAGAGGAGGAGCUGUUUUUGGAGACGGAGGAGAUUGGAUGAAGAUUAAGCAGAAGAGGAACAAGAAGAAGAAGAUUCCAAUGGAAUAAACCAGACCUCCUUUGUAACAAAGUGUUUUGUUUAUUGUCUUUUCUAAGAUUGAAUUGAAACCACCCCUUGACUAGCUAGCUUUCAACAAGAUUGCUCAACUUGUGGCUGUGAUUUUCUCUUCUUUUAUUUCUCCCUUAAUUUGAAUUACAGGCAAUAAGUAAGCACCUGACAUUCAUGUUUCCGGACGACGUCCGUACGGCACAGAAAGGAAAGCAGGCUCAUCUGGGCA